AACGGAAACGGACUAGGAACAACAACAUAAUAAUGACUGCUCCCUUAGAAGCGGAAGUGAUAUCGUCCCACUUACUAAGAAGUAUUGACGAAGGGAACAUCUAUUGCUGAACUUAAUACAUAUCUACAUGGCACUGGACAUUCGCUAGUUCCGGAAAGAAGGAACAAAAUUUAACCUACAAACUUGGUGUAACAUAUAAGGAAUCUAGAUGCCAGGAGUCAUGUCGUUACAGUCGUGCAAUGUUCCGGGAAUCCCCCCAGACUUACGCCGCGACGAAACUGUUCACCAGAUAGCCGACUCUUUAGAUUAUCUUGACAAGGUUGCCAGUGAAAUCUUCCAAAGAAUCAACACCAGAGUGAACGAUCAUCGUACAAGACUUCAGAAAGUAAAUGAUCGACUUAGUUUAGCUCAGGCCAAAGUAGAUAAAAUCAAGGGAAGUAACAAAGCUACGAAAGUCUUCGCCCCGUCUAAAUAUCCCGCUGCUGCAACUACAGAAGAACAUCAGAUGUUGUUCCCCACUAGCUCCACCAAUGGGAUCUCCCAUGUUAAACGGCCACACUAUCAUGUUCAGCAGAAACAUAAGACUCUUGAUGACAAAGCUCUCAAGGACAAGCUGCAGUUCUACAUGGUCCACCUCAAUAUCAAGAAGAAGGAGGGAGAAAAACAACAGGAGGGACUCGGAGGACUUCCAAAGUCUGUGGAGUCCGUCAGUUCGCUGCUGCUCUUCAACACAUCAGAAAACUUGUAUAAGAAGUAUGUGAUGCUGGAUCCCCUUGGGGUGGUGACAAAGACAAGGACUGCUAUUGAGGAGGAGGAAGAACUAGCUGAAGCACCUCUCACAAUCGCUCAGCGAGAAGAAUUGCAGCGCCAACAAGCUGACAGCUACUUCUAUAUCCCCCACAUCGGGGAUGUACCUGAAAUUGCUGUCCCUUCAUCGUUACCUGACCUUCCAGGUGUUGCCGAUGACUUGUGCUACAUUGCGGAUCAGAUUCCCUCUAUAGCACCGUCAGUUAUGGGAGGAAAUAUGCCAGAUCUUCCAUCGGUUAUACCAGAGGCUGAGGUCCCAAAUGUUACAGAUAUGGCAGCACCCCCAGGAGACAGUGCUCCUCCACCCCCACCCCCACCCCCAGCUGGGCCCCCACCACCAGCACCACCUCCUCCUCCUGGGCCUCCAGCUCCCCCUCCUCCAGGGGCACCUCCCCCACCUCCACCUCCUCCUCCACCUGCAGAGGCCCCCACAGGUCCACCCACUGCGGUCCCCGAGGGAGUCCCAGAAGUAGUGGCUGAUGCUGGUGACGGCCGCUCCAGUCUCAUGGAUGCCAUUAGGAAAGCAGGUGGGUCAGGGAAGGCAGGGCUGAAAAGCGGAAAAGAUAGAAAGGUAGAGAAAAAGAAGAAGCAAAAGGAAGAGAAGGAAGACAAGGGAGGAGGAGGUGGUGGAGGAGGAGGAGGCGACCUUAUGUCUGACCUCUUCAGCAGGCUCCAGAUGAGGCGGAAGGGUAUCUCCGGUGAAAAGACAUCCGGAGGUGGGGACAAGUCCAGUGGUAAUGAUUCUAAAUCAGGUGGUAGUGGUGGAGCUAUGGAUAAAAUAUCUUCUAUGAUCCCUCCACCUCCCAAACCACAGGGGGAAGACACGGAGGAACACGAUGAUGAUGAUGAUGAUUGGGAUGAUUAAGAACCCAACCCACUCUAAAAUCAAAAUGUGCAACAAUUCAUUGUAGACCAUGAUAGGUCAACAUUAGACAAAAAAAACCUCUUUGGGAUAUGUUUAAAAUAUUCUUGGCAAGUCAUGAUCACUUAUCAUGUAUUAGUUCACUUUUUAUAGUUUCAUUUGAUUUUCAUUUCCAUUUCAUUGAUUAUGGCGCAAAAUAGCAAAAAAAUCUAUAACUUGAUUGAAAAAUACAAGAAAAUUGUUUCAAACUUUUGUCAUUCUUAUAUACAUUAAUUGUUUAUCCCACUUUUCACCCAAUACUUAUGCAUCCUGUGCAACAAGUUGAACAAUCAUUUUAAGACAAACAUUCACCAUGCGUGAAGAUGAACAAAAACUUCUGUAUUUAUCCAGCAAUGGAGCCUGGUAAUAAGCCAACCCACAUCUAUUGUGGUUGGUAGAAGUGCUACACACAUAUACAUAUACAUGUAUUUCAUUUUUCUGCAAUUAGCCUAUCCCUAGCUUGUAUCAAAGUUUAUUUAUUGGUCCCCUGUGCUUAUUACUGGAUAAAAAUAAAGUAAGAAUGAUUUUGUAUGAAAGUGUAUGAACCUGAUGAUGCUUAAUGUAGCAUAAAACUGUGACUGUACUGUGUAUAUGAACUAUCUGUAUGUGUAUGGGACCAAACAUGGCUGGCUGAAUCCUAGCCACAGACAUGACGAAGACCAGUAUGGACAUUAUAUCAUGUGAUACUUUACAGGUUGUUACUGGAACUAUUAUUUCCACUGUUAGUCUUGUCUAAAAGUUUACGAUGUGAUUUAUAUGGUCUGUUUAUAAGGCUGCAGUCACAAUCUCUCUAAAACUUUCUUUUUGAUGUGCAAUCUUGAGUAAGGUAAUUCUCCACCAUGGAGUCGAGGUAGACCAGAGUGGAAUUAUGCCAAUGGAUUGUGGAACUUGUCAUUCUCCACGCGACCUGUAGUGUAAUAUUUAUAUGAACAACUAAUGACAUUUUCCAACAGUAUCGGGGUCUGUAGAAUCUGAAUGAUUCCGACUAUCUGCUUUGAUAUAUUAUAGGUAGUGGAUGAAGUCAUCCUCUACUCACUGUAUCAUUCGGCCAAUAGAAUCAUGGAUAGAGCUACACAAAUAGUGGAAAUGUGACACCUACUCCUGUAGCCAAUUAAUGUUUUCCAAAGUAAUUAUAUAUUAGGAGGGAUUUGAUCAGGUAAAAAUUCUACGUACAUAAUGUUGAUAAUUAUAUUAUAACUAUGUAAUGAGUGUUUACAUACGAAUUAAAAGUUUGUUGUAUGUUGUAUUGAAGCAUUGUUAUUGAUUCUAUUUGAUUAUUACCAAAGUUUAUGGAGAUAAAUAUCAUCUACAGAAAUAGAAAUAAAAAAUAUUUAUAUUUA